CAGAGGGUAACCAUCAGCGUUAUCAGGAGUGGCCUCAGACAAACUGGGAACCGGCAGCAGGCGAGCUUCAGGAAAAGACUACCGCAGGGCAAGAGAAGUGGUGUAAUUCAGAAGACAGAGGUUGGAGACCCACUUGCUUGGAACUGAACAUGGCAGGGGAGGUAAAAAGAUUAACGCGCAUGCUACUGGAAUGCAACAGCAAUGACAAGCUAUGUGUUGUGCGUGAACAUCAGACUGAAGUGAUUGUUGUCCCAGUUCUCCUUGUGGGUUUUUUUGUCAUUGUGCUAACUGUGAUCCUUUGGCUCCACUGUCGAGGCUUGCGAGCAAAGCAGGAGCAAUCAUCAUCGUCUGGACACCAAGGUAAAAAAAUGUGUUUCAACCAGAGGAAAGUGUUGCAGGAAUCCAGCUCAAGAGAGAACCGCUAUAUCCAGCUGAGUGAGACAUCUGUGGAGAGCCUGCUAAAUUCUGCAUCCUUGACUCUGAAAGAACUGGAGAUACCACGAGAGAAACUCUCACUAGGCACCUUGCAGCUGAUAAAAUAUGGCCGCUAUGGGAGCAUCUACAGAGCACAACUGGAAACUGGGAACCGCGGGGAGACUAAGACUGUAGUAUUGAAAGCCUUACAAGACAUGGCUAGUCCACAGGAAGUAAAGGAUUUCCUGGGAAGGAUUAAAUUCCAUCAAAAUCUUGGCCAUCAUGAGAACCUGGUUGAACUGGUUGGAUGCUGUGUAGACCAGCUCCCACUUUAUGUGAUCAUGGAAGAUGUGUCUCUUGGUGACCUGUUGACAUUUCUAUGGACAUGUCGGAAGGAUGUAAUGACAAUGGAUGGUAUUCCCUAUGACCUCACUGAGAGGCAAGUAUAUGAAGUUGGACAGCAAGUUGCAGCAGCUCUGGCUUACCUUGAACAGAAGAAGUUGUUCCAUGGUGACAUUGCGGCUCGGAAUGUCCUCCUUCAUCACAACUUCACUGCUAAGCUCUGUGGUUUGGGUCUGGCCUAUGAAACUCACACGUAUGGUGCCAACUCAGUCACACAGAUUGUGCCAGUCAAGUGGCAGGCUCCGGAGCAGCUCCUGAAGAAACCCCCCAGCAUCAAGGCAGACAUAUGGUCUUUUGGAAUUCUACUGUAUGAAAUGAUUACAUUAGGUGCUCCACCGUAUCCCGAGGUGCCACCUUCUGACAUCUUAUUAUACCUGCAGAAACAGAACAUUAUGAAGCAGCCCUCAAGCUGCCAGCAAGCCAUGUACCGCAUCAUGAAGUCCUGCUGGCAAUGGAAUGCAACUAACCGGCCUUCUCCAGCAGACCUGAUCCGGUCCCUACAAAUAGCUAUAAAGACCAGCAAUGACCGUGCAGUACUGCAGGUGCCUGAGCUAGUGGUGCCUGAACUCUAUGCUAAUGUUGCUGGUGUUGAUGUGCACAGUCUAGUGAGGGAAUACACUAUACUCUGAAGGACCC